UCUGAACCAAACCAAGCCAAGCCAAGGGGGUAAGAGAGUACAGUUUCGGACGUCACAACGCGCUCCCCGGGGGAGGAGGGUUAGGAACCGGCCGCACAACUAAUAACAGAUUAUCGGCUGUCCGUCGAUGCAGUGUGUUUCGUCUAUGUGCGCGCGUAUGAGCGUGUGUUUGAGUUGCGUGCAAGAACAAAAGCGCAGCAAAGAAAAGCAGCCACAUCCUCCUGUCGGCUAAAGGAAGAGCUCCGUUGAAUAGUGAUGAAGCACUUAUGCGGCAAUCUGACAUUCUGGGACUCCAAUCUCACGAAGCACACAAACCUGCCGGAUCUCCCAGCAUGCUUUCAGCUGUCUGUCCUGCCAUGGACUCCCUGCAUCUUCCUGUGGCUCGCGUCUCCUUUCUAUAUCCUCUACCUCAAGAGGAACAACAGAGGCUACAUCAUGAUGUCUAUAUUGAACAGAAUCAAAACGGUUCUCGGCUUGAUAUUGUGGAUCGUAUGCUGGACAGACCUGUUUUCUUCAUUUCACGAGAUGAGCCAGAAUCAGUCUAAACCCCCAAUAUAUUUCGUUACUCCUCUAAUAGUUGGCAUGACAAUGCUGUUAGCCACGUUCCUGAUCCAGUAUGAGAGGCUGAAGGGAGUGCAGUCGUCCGGUGUGCUAUUCAUAUUUUGGACGAUCUCAGUGUUGUGUGCCAUCGUGCCUUUCCGCUCCAAAAUCGUGUAUCAGAAUGGGGUCGAAGACAAGCUGAGGUUCACCAUGUUCUACAUUUACUUCGGCCUCACCCUGAUUCAACUCAUCCUAUCAUGCUUCAAUGAAAAGCCUCCUCUCUUCUCCAGCGUGGUCACAGAUCCUAAUGCUUGUCCAGAAAUUACUGCUGGUUUCCUCUCCAAAAUGACCUUUUGGUGGUUUACUAGCAUGGCGAUCAAAGGCUAUAAAUCCCCACUGGAGAAUAAAGAUCUCUGGUCGCUGAACAAGCAAGACAGUUCAGAGCUGGUGGUUCCCAAUCUGCUUAAUGAAUGGGAGGUGGAGAAAUCCAAAGCACAGAGUGAGCCGAGCGUGAAGGAGCAGGCCGCGUUUAGGAAGGCAGGCCCGGGCGCUGAACCCAACCAUAUGAGCGUCAAUCCGGAGGAGGAAGAGGAGGAGGAGGAGGUCCUGCUGUCCAAGCGGAAGGAGGUGCGGCAGCCUUCGUUCCUGCGGGCCCUUCUCAGGGCCUUCGGGCCCUACUUCCUCAUCGGCUCCGCUUUCAAACUGCUGCAGGAUCUCAUUACCUUCGUGAACCCUCAGCUGCUCAGGUUGUUGAUCGACUUCACCAAACAGACCAAUGCCCCGCUGUGGUGGGGUUACUCGCUGGCGUUCCUGAUGUUCGGCACUUCCCUCUUACAGACCCUCAUCUUACAUCAGCACUUUCAGUACUGCUUUGUCACAGGCAUGAGGCUGCGCUCGGGAAUCAUCGGAGCCAUUUACAGGAAGGCUCUGGCGAUCACGAACGAGGCCAAGCGCUCGUCGACGGUGGGUGAGGUGGUGAACCUGAUGUCUGUGGAUGCCCAGCGCUUCAUGGAUCUCACCACUUUCCUGAACAUGCUGUGGUCAGCGCCGCUGCAGAUCAUCCUGGCGCUCUUCUUCCUCUGGCAGGUACAGCGCCACACAUUUCAAUACAUUUACACGCUUCCUCUACCUUCUGUUGUUCAAACGAUAAUCAUAUUCAUACAGAAUGUGUGGCAGGUUUUGUUCUUAAAAGAGAUGGCUCUGGCGAUCACGAACGAGGCCAAGCGCUCGUCGACGGUGGGUGAGGUGGUGAACCUGAUGUCUGUGGAUGCCCAGCGCUUCAUGGAUCUCACCACUUUCCUGAACAUGCUGUGGUCAGCGCCGCUGCAGAUCAUCCUGGCGCUCUUCUUCCUCUGGCAGUCAGUCACUCGUGACUUAUUCACAGUACAGCACGGCUUCUCGUACCUUAUUGCUUACAAAUCUGUUUAUGUGCAGUGUCAUGUAAUGUGGUUAUCAGCGUGUCAUGUAAUUAAUGGUGUGUGUGUGCAGGGCAUCAAUCUGUCCGGCGGUCAGCGGCAGAGAGUGAGUUUGGCCAGAGCGCUGUACAGUGAAGUGGACGUCUAUCUGCUGGACGAUCCUCUGUCCGCCGUCGACGCUCACGUCGCCAAACACAUCUUUGACAAUGUCAUCGGGCCUGAAGGAGCCCUCAAGGGAAAGACGCGGAUACUGGUGACCCACGGGAUCAGCUUCCUGCCGCAGGUGGACAACAUCCUGGUGAUGGUGGACGGGCGCGUGUCAGAAAUGGGCUCCUACCAGGAUCUGCUCAAGCAGAAUGGAGCUUUUGCAGAGUUCCUCAGAAACUACUCUCUCGAGGAUAUCAUCGAAGUCGAUGAAGUCACCGUGUCAUUGGUUGAUGAGGAGGAGGAGGAGGAGUUUCCUGAAGAUGCUCUCAGUAAUCACACAGAUAUGGUGGAUAACGAGCCUGUAGUCAACGAGGCGCGCAGACAGUUCAUGAGUUAUUUAUUAUUGAGAAUGUUAAGCACUUGCUUUGACUCCUCUAGAGUGUCUUCUCAGGAUGUGUGUGUGUUGUGUGUGUUGCAGGUGAAGUUUAAGGUGUACUGGGAGUAUGCGAAGGCCGUGGGGCCGUUCCUGUCACUCUUCAUCUGUUUCCUGUACGGCUGUCAGAGCGCCGCCUCCAUCGGAGCAAACUUCUGGCUGAGCGAGUGGACGAACGACGCGCAGCACAACCGGACGCAGGAACAAGUGUCCAUGAGGGUGGGGGUGUACGCCGCGCUGGGCAUUUCACAAGGCGUCCUGGUUAUGUUUUCCUCCUUUACUCUGGCUCUGGGGAAAAUCCAGGCCGCACGCAAGCUGCAUCAGACCCUGCUGGACAACAAAUUUCACACGCCCCAGUCUUUCUUUGACACCACCCCCAUAGGCCGGAUCAUCAACCGCUUCUCCAAGGACAUUUACGUGAUCGAUGAGGUCCUCCCGUCCACCAUCCUCAUGUUCCUGGGCACCUUCUUUGCCUCUCUGUCCACCAUGAUUGUUAUCAUUUGCAGUACGCCCAUAUUCGCGCUGGUCAUUGGCCCUCUGGCUUUGAUUUACUUCUUUGUGCAGAGAUUUUAUGUAGCCACGUCUCGGCAGCUUAAGAGACUGGAGUCUGUCAGUAGGUCUCCUAUAUAUUCUCAUUUUUCGGAGACCAUCACAGGCACUAGCGUGAUCCGAGCCUACGGGCGAAACGCUGCUUUUGUUCUCAUGAGCGAUAUGAAAGUGGAUGAGAACCAAAAGAGUUACUACCCUGGUAUUGUUUCCAACAGGUGGUUGGGGGUUCGCAUCGAGUUUAUCGGCAAUUGCAUUGUGCUGUUUGCUGCUCUGCUUGCUGUGAUUGGGAAGGACAAACUCAGCCCCGGAUUGGUCGGUCUGUCCGUGUCAUAUGCUCUACAGGUCACAAUGUCUCUAAAUUGGAUGGUGAGGAUGACCUCUGACCUCGAGAGCAACAUAGUAGCAGUGGAGAGAGUGAAGGAGUAUUCAGAGACGCAGACUGAGGCUCCAUGGAUAGUGACGGACAAGCAGCCUCCUCCAGACUGGCCUCCGAAGGGAAACGUGGAGUUCGUAGACUACAGCGUGAGGUAUCGCGAGGGACUGGACCUGGUGCUGAGGAACAUCUCGCUGAAGGUCGAAGGAGGAGAGAAGAUCGGUAUCGUGGGACGGACAGGUGCCGGAAAGUCCUCCAUGACUCUGUGUCUGUUCCGUCUCCUGGAGGCGGCGGAUGGAGAGAUCGUGAUCGACGAGGUGAAGAUCUCUGAGAUCGGCCUUCAUGACCUCCGCUCCAAACUCACCAUCAUCCCUCAGGAGCCCGUCCUGUUCUCCGGGACUCUGCGGAUGAACCUCGAUCCCUUUGAGAAAUACAGUGAUGAAGAAGUGUGGAAAGCACUGGAACUCUCUCAUCUGAAGAGGUUUGUCAGCAACCAGACGUCCAAGCUCGACCUGGAGUGCUCCGAAGGAGGAGAAAACCUCAGUGUGGGUCAGAGGCAGCUGGUGUGUUUGGCACGAGCUUUACUGAGGAAGACCAGGAUCCUGGUCCUGGAUGAAGCCACGGCUGCCGUCGAUCUGGAGACGGACGAUCUCAUCCAGUCCACCAUCCGCACACAGUUCGAGGACUGCACCGUUUUCACCAUCGCUCACAGACUCAACACCAUCAUGGACUACACCAGAGUGCUCGUUUUGGACAAGGGACAGAUCGCAGAGUUCGACACACCGACUAACCUGAUGGCUCAGAAAGGAAUCUUCUACGGGAUGGCUAAAGACGCGGGUCUGGCGUGAGCCGCUAUGCUGUAAACCGCAGUGCCUUCACACAGUAUCACACACACACACAAUGCCAGUGAAUGUAAUGUUGUUUGGUUUUUACUCAACAGCGAAAGCUACAUCUAGGAUCUUUUAUUGUUUUUACAUUAUUGUUGUUUUUUCUAUGACUACAGUGCCACUGUUACUGAAUGAGUCGUUUCAUGAUGAAGCAGUCUAUUUUUGUACUGUAUUAUUUAAGUCACUUUUUGAAGUUGUUCAAUAGGGAAGAUUUCUGCUCAGUUACAUGCGUGAUUCCUUUUGUAAACCAAAUCUGUAAAAACUUGAAUUCUGUUACCAGAAUUGGAGUAUUGUUGCAUUUAUUAAAAAAAAAAGUAAUUUCUAUGUGUAUUUUGGAAAUUCUGUGUCCAAAAGCCGUUUAGAUUUUUUCAUUACACUCAUAAACUUCAUUUUUGUAGUGACAUACAGCAGGAA